UAAAGAGUCUAGUUUGAGCCAUUUAGGGGCAGCCUUACCUGGCUAAGUGCAGACUCUCCUCUUGGGAGUUUUUCCUGCUUUGCAAAAAUGAUGACCAUCUCUUUGAUUUGGGGGAUUGCUGUGGUAGUGUGCUGUUGUAUAUGGGUUAUCUUUGGCAGAAGGAGAAGGAAAGCAGGAGAACCUCCUUUGGAGAAUGGGUUGAUUCCAUACCUGGGCUGUGCUCUGAAAUUUGGGUCCAAUCCUCUUGAGUUCCUGAGAGCAAACCAAAGGAAGCAUGGUCAUGUUUUUACCUGCAAACUAAUGGGGAAAUAUGUCCACUUCAUUACAAACUCCUUGUCAUACCAUAAAGUGUUAUGUCAUGGAAAAUAUUUUGAUUGGAAAAAAUUUCAUUACACUACUUCUGCGAAGGCAUUUGGACACAGAAGCAUUGACCCAAGUGAUGGAAAUACCACGGAAAACAUAAACAACACUUUCACCAAAACCCUCCAGGGAGAUGCUUUGCUUCUUCUUUCCGAAGCCAUGAUGCAAAACCUCCAAUUUGUCCUGAGGCCUCCUGAUCUUCCUAAGUCAAAGAGUGCCGUCUGGGUCACUGAGGGGAUGUACGCCUUCUGCUACCGAGUGAUGUUCGAAGCCGGGUAUCUAACUCUGUUUGGCAGAGAUACUUCAAAGCCGGACACACAAAGAGCGCUUAUUCUAAACAACCUUGACAACUUCAAGCAAUUUGACCAAGUCUUCCCGGCGUUGGUGGCAGGCCUCCCUAUUCACUUGUUCAAGACAGCACAUAAGGCCCGGGAGCAGCUGGCUGAGGGCUUGAAGCAUGAGAACCUCUCUGUGAGGGAUCAGGUCUCCGAACUGAUCCGUCUGCGCAUGUUUCUCAAUGACACUCUCUCCACCUUUGACGACACGGAGAAGGCCAAGACACACCUCGCUAUCCUCUGGGCCUCUCAGGCAAAUACCAUUCCUGCAACUUUCUGGAGCUUAUUUCAAAUGAUCAGGAGCCCUGAAGCAUUGAGAGCAGCCUGUGAAGAAGUGAACGGACUAUUACAGAGUGCUGGCCAAAAGCUCAGCUCUGAAGGGAAUGGCAUUUAUUUGGAUCAAAUACAGCUGAACGACCUGCCAGUACUAGAUAGCAUCAUCAAGGAGGCUCUGAGGCUUUCCAGUGCAUCCCUGAAUAUCCGCACUGCCAAGGAGGAUUUCACUCUGCACCUUGAGGAUGGUUCCUAUAACAUCCGAAAAGAUGAUAUCAUAGCUCUUUAUCCACAGCUAAUGCAUUUGGAUCCUGACAUCUACCCAGACCCUCUGACUUUUAAAUAUGAUCGAUACCUUGAUGAGAACAAGAAGGCAAAAACUUCCUUCUAUAGCAAUGGAAACAAACUAAAGUAUUUCUACAUGCCAUUUGGAUCGGGAGCCACAAUAUGCCCCGGAAGACUAUUUGCUGUCCAAGAAAUCAAGCAAUUUUUGAUUCUGAUGCUCUCACACUUUGAACUGAAACUUGUGGAGAGCCACGUCAAGUGUCCUCCUCUAGACCAAUCCAGGGCAGGCUUGGGGAUUUUGCCACCAUUAAAUGAUAUUGAGUUUAAAUAUAAAUUGAAACAUCUGUGACAUGUGGUUGGAAGCAGAGGGCACUGGAUGAUGUUGCUGGACUGCAGGGAGGCUCACUAAACAGGCCCUUGGAACAGAUGCUCACCAAUGCUUCCCAGCAACUGACUGUGCCUGUGAAAAGAACUGGUACCCAGGGCACCACUCUGCAUCCUCGCUGAGUUCCUGGGUGCUCAGAUGCUGAGGCCUGAGGUUCACCGCUCCCUUUUGUUUUUGUUUUCAAGGUGAAGAUAUUCCAAUUGGCAGAAGUUUUUUUUCCUAAGGAAAUUGCUUUAUUUUCUUUUUAAAAUGAAAACUACUGAUUAAUUAUGAAAAGGCUUCAAAUUCACGUUUUAGUGAAAUUGUUAUUUUUUCACUAGUGCAGUUCUUCAGGUGUGAGCAUAUAUUACAAAAACGUUUUAAGGGAUCAUAUCAUGCUUUGCACAAAGGGAAAGGAAAAUGUUAUUCAACUUCUUUGAUGUCUAGUGGUGAGAGCUUUGAAAGUGAUGCUGCUGCUCUGGAAACACUAUGGGAAGUUUUUAUACUU